AUGACUAAAUUAAUGCAUUCUAAUAAAGAGCUCGAUCCUUAUAAAACUUUAUAAGAGUAAGGAAUCCAAUAAACAAACUAACUUGAUUUUUAUUAUUCUCAAUAAUUUAACAUCAAAUGUCUAUGUGAUAAUUAAAAUUUCAAUCUAGAAGUGUAAGGUCUAACAAAAAUUAAAGAUUAUUUCAAUAUCUUUUAAUCAAAAUUUACAAAAUCAUAUUAAUAAUAUGAAAUUUUAGUUUUUUGCAAAGGUACUCCUUAAAAAUAAGAUACUCUUUGGGUAUAAACAGGAAUCACUAAUUCUAGUCAAGUUGAGAUUAAAAUUUUAUUGCCUGUCUAAUUCACAUAUUAUUAAUAAAAUUUUGUAGAGUUAAUACCAUCUAAUUGGAAAAUACAUAAAAUAAUCACUUAUAUCACUGGAAAAAAAUAAAUAUUUGAAAUCAUUCAAAUCAAUUCCAAUAAAAAGAUUAUUGAUUAUGAUCUUGAAUUAUCUCAAUUGUAUCAAAAUCUUAAUUUGUAAAUAGAAGUAGUAAAAGAACCAAGUUAUUCUGUUAAAUUAUAAGAUGGAAGAGAAAAAAUAAUUUAAAUUUCAUCAAAAUUAAAAGUAAGUGAUUUAUGUGAAUUAAUAAAACAAGAAUUCAACAUUUUUAAAACCAUGAACCUUGAAUUACAAUAUGGUUUAAUGAAACUAAAUAAUUAAGCUUAUAUUAUAGAUGAAAUGAUUUUAAAUAGAAGCUAAAUUAUAGUCAAUAAUUAAAAUUUAAAAUUCUAUGAAAUAUAGGAAGAAAGUCUUGAUACUUAUAAAUUAGAUUAUGAACUUAAAGGAAAAUCUGCAUAAAAAGAAGUGGUUGAUUAUCAAACCUCUAAUAGAAAUGAUGAUAAAUUAAAAGAUUAUACUAAGGAUUAACUCAAAAUCAUAUUGAUUAAUAAAAGAAACCCAGAUUAAUGUUUAUAAAUCACAGUUGAAAGCUCUUAAGAAAUUAAUAUUUUAGAAAAUAAAUUAAUUCCUUAAUAUAUGAAAGAUAAAUUUUCUAUAUAAUUUUAUCUAGAAAAAAAUAAACCAAUUAUUCCAACUUCUAUCUUUGGAAGUUUAGAGAAAGAUAAAGAAAAUAAAAUUAAUAUUGAAUUUUAAAUAUAAAAGAAAAAAUCAAUUUUUAAAAACAUAAGUAGUCAUAAUUAAACCUAUGAAUUUAGAUUUUUAUAUCAGAAUAAAUAAUAUAAAGAGACAGUUCUAAUUACAGACUCUUUAGAAAAAAUAGAAGAAAUGAUUAAAAGUAAAUACAAAAUUUCUGAUUACUAUUCAAUUUAUUCAAAUGAUUCUUUUGAUUAAAAUCAAACCAUUUUAAGUCUUGGUCUAUAAUCAUUAAAUACAAUAUUUGAAUUCAAAAUAAAAAAUUCUGAUAAGAAAUCUUUUCAAAUUAUUAUUUAACCUAUAGAUAGUAAAGAAAAUUUUGAUACAUCAUAAGUAAAAAAUGUUUUUUAAUUGCGUGAAAAAUUAAAGUAAAAAUAUCUUUCUGCAAAAGAUCAAAGAAUUUAAAUAAAAUUAAAGCAAAAAAAUUUACAUGACGAUGAAUUGAUAAGCUAAUUAAUAAUGGAAAAUCCUUAGGCACAAUUUGAAGCAAUAAUUUUAUAAUAAUUUCAAGUUAUAUUUUUAGGGCCAAAUUAAGAAAAACUGAUCGAUGAAGUUUAUGAAGAUUAUUUAAUUAGAGACUCUGUUAUUUGUUUAGGUCUAUCAUAGAAUUGCAAGUUUUGUAAUAAAUAAAAUUAUUACAUCAGUAUUGAUAAUUCCUUCUAAUAUUAUUAAAUUAAUAAAUAAAAUUCAGUUAUUGAAUAUCUUGAUAAAGAUAACCUUUAGAAAACACCAGAAGUAAAUAGAUAUUCUCCUUAUGAAUCUAAUUUGACACAAAAUACAUACCUUCAAUCUGCCGAAAAAAAAGAGCAAUUGAUGAAUUAUUAAAAAUAAUCAUUUGGGACUAAUAAUUAAGAACCAUAUUAGUAUAAUGCUAAUAACCUUUCCUGGCAAUAUGAUAAAAAUAAUAAUUAUUAAAAUAGCAAAGGUUAAAAAUGA